AUGACAAUUGAAAUAAAAGAGUCAAAAAAAGCCUCUAAACUAUUUGACAAUCCAAUAAUUUCUUCAACUAAACUAUCAAAUUUGGAGGAUUUAAUAAAAUAUGGAUAUGAUAUGGAUAUUUCACAAAUUGCAUUGUUUUCAGCCAGAAAUGACAUUGAUACUGCUAUGAAAAUACUGAACACGGAUUCAAUCGAAGAAUAUGGAUAUGAACUUAAUUGCUUAUUAAAACAAGUAAGAGAAUUUAGAAGAAGUGAUAUAAAAGGUCAAAUGAUUGCAAUAAGGACAGAUAGCAAUGGUAAAAAAUACACAGAAGUAUUAGCAGAAGGGAUUUUUAAAGCAGAUAGCGAUGUUGAAUCAAGUGAUGAUUCAUAUGAUAUCAUUGAAGAUGUAAAAUCAGAUAAAAUUAAAUCAGGAAACGCGCUUAAUAUUAAUGAUAUAAUUGGCAAUAGGAAUCCAAAUAUUGAUGGAGAAACGAUUAAUAGCCAUUCAAAUAUUAAUCAAAACAUUAAUGAAAGAAAUUCAAAUAUUGAUGGAGAAACGAUUAAUAGCCAUUCAAAUAUUAAUCAAAACAUUAAUGAAAGAAAUCCAAAUAUUGAUGGAGAAACGAUUAAUAGCCAUUCAAAUAUUAAUCAAAACAUUAAUGAAAGAAAUUCAAAUAUUGAUGGAGAAACGAUUAAUAGCCAUUCAAAUAUUAAUCAAAACAUUAAUGAAAGAAAUCCAAAUAUUGAUGGAGAAACGAUUAAUAGCCAUUCAAAUAUUAAUCAAAACAUUAAUGAAAGAAAUUCAAAUAUUGAUGGAGAAACGAUUAAUAGCCAUUCAAAUAUUAAUCAAAACAUUAAUGAAAGAAAUUCAAAUAUUGAUGGAGAAAUUAGUGAUGGUCAUCAAAAUAUUAAUGGACGCAUAUUGAAACCAAAAUCAAAUAAUAAUAAAUCUCGGCAAGCAAUCCUCAAAUUAUCUCCUAAUUUUAUACAAGUAAAUAGAGUAAACAUCCAAGUUCCUCCAGCUCCAGCUCUUCCUCAACAGAGACAACAACAAUCUCUUCCAGCUCAGACUCUUCCUCAACAGAGACAACAACAAUCUCUUCCAACUCAGGCUCUUCCUAAACAACAACCAUAUAUAACUGAUAAUUUAUCUUUUGAUAACUUUAUUAACCCUCAAAUUAUUAUUGAUAAUGCGAAAGUAUAUCAAAGUAUUUCCGACAAAAGGAGUCAAUAUAAUCUUUCCAAAACCAUUUGCGAACAAUGUGUUGCAAACUACAAUAUAUUGAACAAAGAUGAUAAAGAAGCCCAGAGAAUAAAAAUUAGUGAUAUUUUACGUACUUAUCAUACAUUUAGUAUAUCUGACUCUGACAAAUUUGCCUAUAGGAAAACGAUAUAUCCUCAAGGUAUUCCAUUACGAUUUGAAUGUUAUUAUUGCAAGAAUGAUCAUUUAGAGUUACACUAUUAUUGUGCCAAACGAAAAAAUGUGGUUAUUCACAAAUUAUAUCAUUAUUUCCAGCUGGUUCGAAUAUAA